GUGAAAGCAUGAGGACAUAUUAAGACCAGUGGAUGCGAAUGAAGCAAGCAAUGAAGGGUCAUGAGCCUCGCUCGAGCUCUUCCUGUGCAGCCUGCAAGCUGUUGAAGAGGAAGUGCACGUCGAAUUGCAUCUUCGCGCCGUACUUCAGGUCGGACGAGCCGAAGAAGUUCGCCAAGGUGCACAAGGUGUUUGGGGCAAGCAAUGUGAGCAAGAUCCUGGUCGAGGUCCCUGAGGAGCAGCGGGAGGACACGGUGAAUUCGCUCGCUUACGAGGCCGAGGCGAGGCUGCGGGACCCGGUCUAUGGGUGCAUCGGGGCCAUAGCGCUGCUCCAGAGGAAGAUGGUCGAGCUGCAACAUGAUCUAGCCAUUGCUCGGGCCCGUCUCGCUCGGUAUGCCGUGCCCGCAGUGAGUUCGAGUUCUCCAAGUGUCUUGAUGGAUGAGAACGUUGGUAUGGUGUCUUUCGACGACAUGCCUUGUUGCAGUGGAGUGAAUGAGAGUUUCGGCCAGAGUUCGUCAGAAUUGACCCAAAUCCAACCCAUGAAUGAUUUUGGCCAGUUCCCUUAUGUAUUUUGACUCAUGCCGCAAGAGAGGUUGGUUGGUCUGUUCCAUUUCUUCAAGCCCAGAAAAACCUCCCUCUCUCUCUCUCUCUGUCUGAUUUUCUGUGUAAUGGCCUGAACUCAGAACAAUCAUAGCUACUUACAAUUUGUGUCCUCCUAUGAAAGACAGUACUUGCACAUGUGCAAUUAUGCAGAUUUUUUUUUCUUGCUUGGUCAUUUGGGAAGUGUAUUCUUACAGGUGGCACUUCAGUAGAUAUAAUAAGUUUUGUGGGAUUGGAGGUGUUUCAGACAUUAGUACGGAGUUAAAAAGGCAAAGCAAUUGAUGGAACUGGAAGAGGGGACUUCCUGUAAAAGUUCAUCAAUCAAGUUGAAGUUGUGCUUAAAGCUUUGUUAAUGACCAGGUAAAAGUUAGAGAGAGAGAGAAACGCGAAGAAAGUUCGAUGCUUCAUGCGUAUAAAACCGCGAAUCCUCUAAUACAUGAUCAAGCAUAACGGCAUAACAAAAUUCAUAUAAUCGAUCGGAUUUAGAGGGAUAAUGCUUGUUUGUUGGUGUUGAUCUCGUUUUAGCCAUGUCUUGCAACUCAAGAUUUGACUCUUUGUACGGCCAAACCAUCUUGGGCAAUUGCAGUUAGUGCAAAACUAGGUGCAGUUUAAUAGGAUAAUAGAGACAGACGAGUUCGUAUAUUGGAUAGCUGAAGAAGGGACUCUUGUUUCUGGAUUACAUUCUUCACAUGAAUGAUGUUUUUCCAUUUCUGCUCCGGAAUUGGGAAUAAAAAUCUGCCCUUUUGCAAGCAACAUUUAGUACUUUGCACUAUCAGUCUGGUGCAAAAACGUACGAGAGGCCUAAAAUAAAGACCAGCCAAGGAGAGGAAGUAGCUAAGUAAGGAUGAGGAUGAUGUGGAUGAUGCUCAAGGACAGGAAGCUAUGGUGCAAUGGCCAUCAUGUGACCAACCCCACAGCGUACCGAUUUCUAACUUUGCUUUAUUUGAUGCAAUGUGGAUCCAAAGACCAAAAGUCUGAGAAGGGAAAGCUCUACUGUGGCCUAGGGUUGUCAAAUCCACAACAAUUUUUUCUGCAGCAUAAUUUUCCACCACAAUUUCAAUGGGACAUUAGAAAGAAAGAAGCAACAAAACAAGAUGCUCCAUCAUUUCCCCCCUGCACUUAUGGUUGCCAUGAUAAUACAUUGCGAAAAGAAAAGGACGAGCGCACGAGCAGGAUUAAGACGGUGGCGCACAUUCGGGCUUUAUCUUUAGUGGCCAUAUCUUCGUCAUUAGUGUGGAUUUAGGCGGAUCUAGUUUAUGACAGAAGCAUAGGAUGAUGCCGGGUUAUGUUACGGCGCAUCAAUCAUGCGAUCGAUACGCAGAGAUCUGUCAUCAAAGAAGCCUCUUGCUUGCUUUUUCCGACAGACAACCUGCUACUACGAGUAGAAAUGCAUGGAGGAAUCAUCUGUGCAGGUCCAAAAUGUUAACAAGACAAUCAACAGCAAGUAGAGAUGUUACACCAAAAGAUCUGAAUUGGGUGGAUGGAAUGUUCCAAUAAUUAACGGGUCUAUCUGGAUUUUGAUCCCUCUAGCUCUAGAGAGGCUAAUUGCAAUUGGCCGCGACGCAAGUCACUGCAAAUUACUAUACAAAAGGCCCUGACCCAGAUAGCCAAACGUGGGCUGAGCGAAGGCCCAAAUGAAGAACACACGAGCCCAGGAAGCAAUCGGCUAGGGUUUCCUAUAAAUACCAAUCAUGUCGCCACAGGCACUCUCAUAUCAAUCUUAUCGGGUACUUGCACAGUAGCCAACGAGAGAGGGAGAGAUAGGGUUUUUGACGGCGUAGGAGCGAAGGAGCACAUCGGCUUCAACCAUGAGAGCCAAGUGGAAGAAGAAGCGCAUGAGGAGGUUGAAGAGGAAGCGCCGAAAGAUGAGGCAGAGAUCCAAGUAGAUCCUCGUCGGCGGCGAUAGGGACCGUCGGAGUGCUCGGAGUGCUCUGGUUCCGUUGUGGGUUUUUGGGUUUCUUUCUUGAAUUUAAAGUUGUGAACUCUUUUAAGAAUUAGUGUCGGAUGUUGAAUCUAAAUAUUGGGUACCUUUCUCCGAAUCAAAUUCCUGCUUUUGAA